CCUAGCAACGACGCACGCACGGUAACGCAGAGCGCCGACAACACCUCUUGUGAAGAGAGCAGCGACGGAAAGUUUAACCAUAAGAAUGUAAUAAAGUGUGAACUAAGAUAACUUAAGUGGGACUUUCGGUCGAUUCAUGCGGGUUUCUGAACUGUUCAAAUGUGGUAAAGUUGAGCCACCAAGGCCGGGUGAGUUAAAAUGUAUGACCGAGCUCCUAGAGUGACCUUCGUGACAACAAGCGGCGCCUCAACGUCAGUUGGCCCCGGGUCGUAUGAUGUUUGCCGGCCUGAAUUUAAAACAGUUGGCAAUGCUCCAUUCCUGUCUUUUACCGACAGACAGUCAAUAUUCAAUGAGUCCAGUGAUGUACCAGCACCUGGACAAUACAACUCCUCACCUAUCAGGCUAAACAUCCAUGCUGGCCGCAGUCUUCAGAAUCGCUCCAAGCGUUUUGAGGAGGUAGUAUCGGAGGUCCCGGGCCCUGGGGCCUACAAUGUGCUGCCCGCCUCAGGAAACACGCUCAAGGCCGUGACGGCAGGACACGCUGAGAAGCCUCACAGGAAAACGUGGCUGUGGGCUAAACGUCUCCAGCACCGUCAGUCAUGUAUCCCAUCCAUUCCUUCCCCGGGCCAGGCCUAUGGCUAUGAGGAAGACGCACUGGGUGAGCUCAGCAAACAGCAGCCCCCUCCCAGGGAUACAACCCUGGGGCCAGCUUACUACAAUCCACUGCUGUCUGAGGUGAGCUCUGCACAGAAGUAUAAAGGUGUCCACUUUGGCAAUAUGACAGGGAGGAGAGGUGUGGAGGCAGUGGAAGAGGGACCUGGUCCAGGACAUUAUCACCCUGAGAUAAACCUAGAAACACACUAUGAAAAUCUGAAUCUUAAAAAGGAGCAGAAAAGCAGAGCUGAGCUCAUCAUCCCUCGCUACCACGAGCUGGUGCCCAAGCAAGAGGAAAAGAAGGGAGUCCCUGGUCCGGGCCAGUAUCACAUCAGAAGUCAGUUUGAGAAGCCUGUGAAGUCCAGUGGAAAUCUGCCGAAGUUCGCGUGCCCCUUCCUCUCUCAGGCUGAGCGGUUUAGCGAUGUGAAAGAAGUGGCUCCCCCUGUUGGUACAUAUGAUGACCCCCGAUGUGCCCUGGAGGUGCUGAAGAAGACCACAGGAGCAAAGAAAACUCCAUUCGGCAUCAAUGCCGUGCGCUUCACUCCUAACCAAAAAAAAAGCUCCACGCCCGGUCCGGGCUCCUAUAAUGUGUUUGAGUAUGGAUUAGCCCAACAAAGUUAUAAAAAGGCGUUUUUAGAGAGAAAUAUGAAGGGAGGCUUUGGCUCCACAGCUCAACGCAGCUCCUUUCCCCACAACAAGGAAUCUAUAAAGGUCCCAAGUCCAGGACAGUAUGAGAUAGAAAAGCAGACAGAGGAGAACUACAAAAAGAAGCCUACAGCAGUUUUCAUAUCAGCCACUGAACGUCUGCUGUCAUCACUUCUGACUAAAGAUUCCCCUCCACCCAACAGUUACAAUGUGAGCCAGACUUUUCAGAAGGCUAAUGGCCGCACUUACUCCCAACCCCGAAGUGAAGAGGCCAAGAGACGUCAGAGCUGCUUCCUCUCUGUUGCACCGCGGGCUAAUUCCUUCUUGCCACGUGACCCCAGUCUACCAGGCCCUGGCCAGUAUGACCUCAGUGUGAAAUCCUUCCCUCCGACGGCUCUCUUCUCCUCCAGAGAAGAUCGAUUCAGGGUCUCCAUGAACACCAACCCUGGGCCCAGCGCUUAUCAGUUGAGUCCAGGUGUGAUGAACACAUUAAUGAAGGGCACCUUCAACGUGACGCUCAACAACCCUCUGGUUCCCUGCUUUUCCCCCCGUGUGGCCCCUGGCCCUUUAAAAGCCCGCAAGACCAUUAACACUGUCGCACCCCACGCCUUCAUCGCCAGAAGGACUUCUUAGAGCUCUUCGUGGGUCAAAGUUUAGAGGUGAGUGGCAGCAGCUUGGAGGAAGGUACCUUCUCUUUAUUCAGUGUUGCAAAGUGAAAUAUCAACACCGGAUUGCAUCUGCAGCUGAUGGUUCCCUCAUUCUUUUACGCUCAUCCGCAAUGACAAGCUUGACACACUGAUUCAGCUGUUCUUUGUGGAGCAGCUCGCUCUGUUUAAACCACUUUGCUAAUCAAUAACAAUUGUAAAGCUAUUAAAAUGAACAUCGCCUGAGGUCUUUUGAAAGCCUGUUA